AUGGAGGAACACACCGAGCGAUCAACCCAAGGGCCACAGUCCCAAUUCCAGCCUGGUCACAAGGUCCCCAUCCAGCACCAGCAACAACCGGGUCUCCAGGCUCAGAUGGCCGGUCCCAAGCCGACCUCCACACAAAUUCCCACCGAAGACAACGGGUAUCAGACAUACAAGGCGGCGAAUAAGCUAGAAGGUAAAAGAGCGAUUAUCACAGGCGGUGAUUCAGGAAUUGGUCGAGCCAUCGCCAUCCUGUACGCUCUAGAGGGAGCUUCAAGCUUGAUUGUAUACUUGCCCGAGGAGGAGAAGGAUGCCCAGGAUACUAAGAAGCGAGUGGAAGAAGCCGGUCGCCAAUGUCACCUAUUGGCAAUCGACCUGACAAAGAGGGAGAACUGUCAGAAAGUGGUUGAUCACGCUCAAAAAACCCUUGGGGGAAUUGACAUUCUGGUCAACAACGCGGCCUACCAGAACAUGAUCCCGGACAUCCAUGAUUUAACUGAGGAUCAAUGGGAACGUACCUUUGAUGUGAAUAUUCAUCCUUACUUUUACUUGUCUAAAUACGCCCUUCCCCACCUGCACAAUGGCUCGGCCAUCAUCAACUGUGCUUCCAUCAACGCAUACAUCGGUCGUCCCGAUCUGCUAGACUACACCUCCACCAAGGGAGCCAUUAUCUCAUUCACGAGAGGUCUGUCCAACCAAGUGAUCAGCAAGGGCAUCCGAGUCAAUGCUGUCUGCCCAGGUCCAGUAUGGACUCCCCUCAUUCCGGCGACGAUGACUUCAGAGGCCAUGGACCAAUUCCAUGGCGUUCCUAUUGGUAGACCUGCACAGCCAAGUGAGAUCGCCACUUGUUUUGUGUUCUUGGCUAGCCAGGACAGCAGCUACAUCUCAGGGCAGAGUUUGCAUCCCAACGGCGGAGUAGUGGUUAACGGAUAA